ACAGCAUUUAUUUUAGUUUGAGCAUUUGACGACGACGUGCCAACAUUUUGUAUUGGAUUUUAAAUUAUAAUUACAAUAAAACACGUUUAAUAGCCUGAGAUAGAAUUUUGUGUUCGUAAAAAGACAUGUGACGACGAUUUCAUAAAAAGGGAUAUUUUAAAUAAAUUAUUCUUCCUGAGUGGUAUUGGACGAAAUACGAUAAAACUUCUGAAUAGAUCGACACUACCAAGUUCUGGACACUAGUGUACGUAUCUUUGAAAUCCCAAUAAUAUAAGAAAAAUGGAAAAUGACUUGGACAAAGCCAUUGAUCUGGCUGGACACAGUCGGCACAACAUCUUCAUUCUUUUCGUAAGCAGCUUCAUCCACUUAGCAGCUGUGUUAGAUCUCCUAGGAUACUGCGUAACUGUCCCCGCGGCGAGUUGUGACCUACAGUUAGGUCUUCUGGAAAUUAGCUUGCUAACUUCAGUGCCGUUCGCUGGGUACCUGUCCGCUCUUCCAUGGGGAUACUACGCAGACACCCACGGAAGACGAAAAGCGAUUCUAGUCUCUGCGACUAUCGGAUCUACCAUAGCUGUUAUCACCAGUUUCUCACCAUCUUUCCAAGUCAUGCUGAUACUCAAAUUAAUAGGAUGUAGUUUUUCAACAGCGUCUAUAACAAUAACGAUCACCUACCUCGGGGAGUGUACAAGCAGUGCCUAUCGAAACAAAUACAUUUUCAUAAUGAAUAGCUUCAACUUAGCAUCGGAUUUCAUUUGUUACGCUCUAGCUUAUAUAAUUUUGAGACAAGAUUUUAAAGUAGACAUACCAUUUCUAUCAAUAACUUAUCGUCCUUGGAGAUUAUUCGCUUUGGUUAUGGCGCUAAUGUUGGCUUUUGGCGCACUUAUGAUGUUUUUCCUUCACGAGAGUCCCAAGUUCCUAGCAAAUAAGGGAAGAAUUGACGAAGCGUUUCAAGUUAUGAAAACUGCCUAUGGUGUUAGCGGAACCGACGAAGACCUUGUGUUGAAAUCUCUAAUAGCAGCUGAGAAGAAACAAAUAAGAACUCAUAUGACUUUCUGGAAUUCAGUUGUUGAACAAACAGUUCCAAUAUUCCGACCGCCUUUGGUUUUGAGGACGAUACAACUAUUUUUCUUGAUGUCAGUGUGUUCGAGCACAAAUAACGUUUUCUUCAUGUGGUUUCCUACGAUGGUAAAUUCAUUUUAUUCAUCACUAUCAGACACUCAAUCGAGUUUCUGUGAAAAAGUCGUCACCAAUCUUACGAAUUCGGACGUCAGUUUAAACGAUACAUGCGACGAUACCAUAUCAAACAACACCAUAUAUUCAGGAAUGGCGUUUAGUACGUUCUUCACUGUCGUCAACUACGCUUCUUCCAGGCUUGCGACGCGGAGGAAGAUAGUUUUAAUGACCACUUUAGUUAUAUCUGGCUUGAGUGCAGUGUUAGUGGAUCUUGUAUACCAGCCCAUAGUUAGCAUGAUGUUUUUCAUAAUGAUACAAUUAUCUGGUAUCUUGGUAGGGAACGUGGCGUCGUAUUUCGUUGAUUUGUAUCCGACGUCCUACAGGGGUCUGGGGACUAGCCUUGGAUUAAUGUGUGCCAGGAUAACCUGUCUAACUGGGGUAAACAUCGUCGGUGCAACCAUAGUAAAUCAUUGCAAGAUGACGUUCUUCGGAUGGGCUAUAUUUGUAUUCUGUGGCGUAGCUGUAGCGUGGUUUUUGCCCUCGGACAAGAAAAAGCAAUUACCCACCUAAUUGCCCCUCAGGCGUUACGUAUAUCGCAGCAAGAUCUCUAUAUAAAUGAAGAUUAAUUUAAGAAUUAACAAUAAUAUUCUAUUUCUAGAAUACAUUCUUAUUUAAGAAGUAAAA